AACUAAAUCGAUUAUGAUAAGAUUAUAGUUUCGAUGACAUAUUUAUAUAAGCCCGUUACCCUCGACCGGCCAUGCGGGAUACCUGAGCAAAUAGUCUUUUCUCCGUUUCCAGAGAGAGAGGACAGGUAUUACCAUCUUUAAAAGAUCCUACUCCGCCAUGGCCGCCCCCGACCCGUGCCCGCCCGCGGCGCCCCGGCAGCGGCGCUGGAGGGUGGUGGGCAUCUCGGGCGUGUCGAGCGGCGGCAAGACCACGCUGGCGCGGCGGCUGCUGUCCGCGCUGCCGACGACGGCGGCCUACCUCAGCCAGGACCAGUACCUCCUGCCCGACACCCACCCCGGCCAUCCACCGGCGCCGCCCCCGCUGUCGGGCCUCAACAAGGACACCCUCAGGAGCGUGGAUGUCGCCAAGAUGGAGGCGGACGUGCGGCGGUUCCUGGCGGAGGACAGUCCGGCGCUCGAGCCCGAGGACGCGCCCUUCCUGGCCGAGCGGAAGGCCUUCGUCGGGUCGGCGCUCGCGGCCCCGAACCCGUUCGUCGGGCGGCUGCGGGAGGCGUCGGGGCUGCCGCCGGUGCUCAUCCUGGAGGGCUUCCUGCUCUUCGGCUGCAGCUUCUUCCCGACGGCGUGCGACCUGCGCUUCUUCCUCACGCUCACGAAGGAGCAGUGUCGGGCGCGGCGCAGUCGCAGGGCCUUCACGGCGUCGGCCAUGGGCGGCGGCGAGUACUUCGAGGCGUGCGUGUGGCCCGCCUACGAGAGCUACCUGAGGGAGGUCGCGGCGGGCGUGAAGGGCGUGCAGUUCCUGGACGGCGCCGACCCACCCGACGCCCUCUUCCAGAAGGUCUUCGGGAACGUCGUGGAACUCCUUCGGUCGGCGGAGGAGGCCGAGGGAGCGACGUCUUGAAGAAGGCCAAGGAAAGGAUCCGUUUGGUCGAUUUCUGUUUUUGUUUUCACCAAAGAUCAUCUCUGUGUGAAAUGGGAGUGUAACGCUGGGCUUGGAAUUGAGGUCCUGUGCUCGGGAGAACAUUGUAAACUGCUGUUUGUUUACGUCCCGAAGUUCUAAAUAAAUAUGAAUUUCCA